GGAUGCGACGAGUUAUAGAUGGCUGGCAGCGCUGUCUACAUUCUCGUUCAAACUUCUCUGGAAAGCAGAAUGGUGAUGCAGACGGCUUGUCUCGCAGACCUCAUGGGGAGUUGGCAGAUGAUCACAAAUCUCAAAAAGGAGAGAGAGAGCGUAUUCUCCAUUUUACCCAAGACCACCUUUCUGAUCCAGACAACAUUGAUGCGGUGGACCAAGAAGUUGUGCAAGCAAUCUGCGAGAGGCAACUCAUCUACAGUGUCAACCCUGAUGACCCCAGUAGUGCAGAUAAUGUCGCCUUAGUUGAAUGUCUUGCCAUCUCCGCUGAUGCUGUACCUGACAGCUAUGGACAAGAGUAUCAGUCUGGAGGGUUGCCAGUUAUCCCCCAUCUAACUGAGACAGAGCUAAUAGACAAACAGAGAGCUGAUCAGUGUAUAAGGCAUGUCAUCACUCAAAUUGAAAACGGUGACAAACCACCCCCCACUUUACGAAGUGAACUCCCUGACCUCCCACUACUCCUGAGAGAGUUAAACCGCCUUGAGCUAAUAGAUAACAUCCUAUACAGGCGACGCCAAGAAGGUCCCAAGACAACUUACCAGCUUGUACUCCCAGCUGAGCUCCGUGAUACAGUCCUGACCAACUUACAUGAACACAUGGGUCAUAUGGGAGUGGACCGUACAAUGGAUCUUGUAAGGACCAGGUUCUAUUGGCCGAGGAUGGCAGUAGAUGUGGAGAGGAAGGUGAGGACUUGUGGAAGAUGUGUACGGAGGAAGGCACAGCCUGAGAGAGCUGCACCCCUAGUCAACAUUGAAACCACAAGACCUCUUGAGCUCCUUUGCAUGGACUAUCUCUCUCUCGAACCUGACAAAAGUGGAACCAAGGACAUUCUAGUGAUCACGGACCACUUUACCAAAUUUGCGGUUGCUAUUCCAACAUCUAACCAAAAGGCCCGCACAGUUGCAAAGUGUCUGUGGGAAAACUUUAUGGUACAUUACGGAAUGCCAGAGAAAUUACAUAGUGACCAGGGACCAGAUUUUGAAUCUCGGUUGAUAAAAGAGCUCUGUCAAGUUGCUGGCAUACACAAAGUAAGGACAACCCCUUAUCACCCCAGGGGAAACCCUGUUGAGCGAUUUAAUCGCACCUUACUAAACAUGCUAGGCACUCUUCAGAACCAGGAUAAGUCCCGUUGGCGUGACUUCGUCAAACCCCUAGUCCAUGCCUACAAUUGCACCAGAAAUGAUGUGACAGGCUUCACUCCAUACGAGCUAAUGUUUGGGCGCCAGCCUCGCCUGCCGGUUGAUUUGGCGUUCGGAUUGCCGGUGCGUGAGGGUCGACCUACAUCACACUCUGACUAUGUGCAAAAUCUCAAGUCACGGCUUGAAGAAAGCUACAAAAUAGCCAUGGACAAUGCUGCUAAGAUAGCGCACAAGAACAAAACAAGAUUUGACAGGCGUGUAACUGCCUCAGACUUGGAAGUUGGAGACCGAGUAUUAAUCAGAAAUGUCCGCAUCCGUGGGAAACAUAAGAUCUCAGACAAAUGGGAGUCAACUAUCCAUGUAGUUGUGAGCAGAGCAGGUACUCUCCCUGUCUAUACGGUCAAACUCGAGAACAAGGAUGGUCCUCUCAGGACACUGCAUAGAGAUUUACUUCUCCCAUGUGGAUACUUGCCUACAGGGGAAAACAUUGAGCCUGCCCAGCAGUCUGCAAGACGCAGACCAGCAACUCGUGCAAACCCAGCUGUGGAUGCUGAUCAUUCCCUGGAAGAAGAAGAGGAGGAUGAUAAUCUCACUCCAGUCUACUGGUUCAGAGAAUCACCAAACCCUCAGGUCCCCACCAUCCAUGAAAGUCCAGUACCGCCUGAUCCAUCUAUGUCUACCGAGCAAUAUACAAAGCAUGCUAAACCUCCAGGCAUAUGUCCUGUCGAGAAUUUAGUAAAUGCCCACGAUGUUGAUUGCAAUCCUGGAAGUGACAACCCACCUGAUAUGUCCGAUGGUACAUCAGAUAGUCCCCUGGUGCUUAACGAAUCUACCAGGCCUCAGGGUGACACUGAGUACUUACCUACUGAAGAAAUCAUUCCUACUGAACAAGAACUAAACCCAAAUGAAAGUGACUUACCUGAUACUAAAUGUUCCGUCGAAAACAGCAACUUACCUGGAAAUGAAGAACAUGAGGAGAGAGAAAUGGACAAGUUGGAUGAAACGUAAACAGCAACUGAAGAGACAGAAGAACAAACAGGCAUGGAUACCUCUGUCAGGAGAUCAGAGAGAAGUCGUCAGCCUUCAAAGCGUCUUGACUAUGUCGAACUCGGAAAUCCCUUGGUCACAGUGGUGAAAUCAUUCUUCCAUGGGCUUACCACAGUUUUGGCCGAUGCUCUAAGUGAGGCUGAGAACAAUCCCCUUGCCCCAUCCCGUCAAAUGAUAACUGUUUAAGUUAUUGCUAAUAACUAAUUUGUUACCAUGUACAGGGACGUACAUGAGUUCAGGAGGGGAGGGUGUAACCCAGGCUUGAAAACACCAUAUGCCUGGAGUUGAAAUAAUUAAUUUGAGUUAAAAUAAUUCAUUUAGUAACGAUACAUUCAUUUCAGUUAAAUAACUAAGUGUUAAAACAGGUACAAACUAAUCUGCACUUUACGUUAUUCAUUUAUACUUUUAACCUGCUCUACAAGUUGUUAAAAUAGAAAAUACACAAUAUACAUAAAAAUGUUGACACAAACAUGGUGUCUUAACAGAAAUUGCAGAGGUAAAAAUUACCUGUCUCCAUGGUUGUCACCUCUAGAGGGCAAUCGGUGAGCCUGUGAGCCCUUCCGUGUCACUCAUUGUAUGACGCAACUUCCUGUAGUGUGGAAGAAGAGAAACUCCCCUUCCGGUUUUGUCGGUCCAUGCGUGGCAAUGCGAACACACGCGGAGAACCUGCCGAUCAAUCCUUGGCCAUCCACUCGAGCAGUGUGACAUCCGAGUGUAAUAUUCACUGACUGACAUCCUGUGCAGUCAUUUCACUUGAUCAGCGGUGAGUGAAUAACAAUGAUGUGAUGUUUUAUUUGAGCCAUAAGUGUUGGUGAUAUUUAUUUUGUUCAUGUUUACAGCACAUGCUAGGAACACUGUGAUUAUUUUUGUUUUACUGAAGUAAUAGAUUACUGAGUACUUUUGAUUUAGUGAUUGAAGGGGUAAUUUUUAGUGCAUCUCUCACCUGUGCUAGCAAGGGAGAGAUUUAGCACGUUGUAACCUUAUAUACCUCCAAGUUGCUACACAAAAGUCCAUUUUGAGCAUUAAUGUGAACUUUGUGCAAUAAACCUACCUCGUUUAAUUGUGAACUUAAAGGUGCAUUUAAAUAGUAUUUGUAUUUUUGUAUUUGAAGAAACAUUUCACAUAUUUUUGAAUAUUUGAACAAUUGGAAAAAAGAACUAUAAUAAGCGCUUAACUUUUAUUUUGAUAUUUCAUAUUUUGAAAACAAAUACAUUGUAAACCAAAGCAUUUGAGAUACAUGAUUGGUGAUUAAUGACAUGAUUGAGCUAAUUAAUGCUAGUUAAAAGUAUUUAAGCUAAUUCAUGGUUAUUUAAGAACACAGUUGAAACCAGUGUGUGUGAAUAAUACAAGCUAUUGGGUCUUGUCUGAUCUAUUGUUAGGUCAGGUUUUUUGAUUGGGUGAUUCAAAUACCAUCUUAAUUCCCUGGAGCACCUUGUGUGGAGAGGACGACAUCGCCCUUCCAGCCCAGGUGAAUGAGAGGCUCCGCAGUCUCUCCAACUCCAACAUCCAUUCCCGAGAUCCAUCGAUCCGAUUCCCAGUGCAUACUGGGUGGCGAGCUACCUUAGAAUCUGGACACUGUGGUGCAGUGUUGACGUCCCCUCCCCCACGGUCUGUGCGGUAGGACAAUACUUAUAGAGUGCACUGUUAGCUACAGAGAAACGGGCCCCAACGAACUAUUUAAACAAACUUUGGGAACUUUGAAAAAAGGGUUUCUAUUCUGCCGGCUUUUCUUAUUCUUGUUCAUUAUUUUUCAUAUACAGCAGUUGUUGUAAAUUUAUAUGUGCACUUUUCAAUACAUGU